GUCUGACCUCUGGGCGUCUUAACCUUAAUACUGAAGACUGGAGUCUAAAGAGAAUACAAAGAAACUGAUCCCUGAAGGUGCCUAAUCUAUGAAUGUUCUUCAUAAAAAUAUAAAUUAUUGGAAGAAAUUUAAUAAGAGAAAAGAAACAAUUAGAAUUCUUACUUUGAUCAAAUUUAUAUCAAGAAGUGCAAGUAGAUGUGAGAUGAUUACAUUCUGAAUCAUCAAAUUACGCUCAAUGAAAGGGAAGCAGCGUCUGUUGUCUGAAAUCUCAUAUGAACGAACCCUCUGAUGUAAGCGUUGUCUGUGUAUUACGUACACCCAAGUACUAUAUUCUGAAACACUUCUGCGCCGCACCUCCACUAUUCAUUCAAAAGGCCCUUCUUAAAACAACACGGACCGGUGUUUAAGACUGCUUUUGUGGUUUUAGUGACAGACCAACAAGAUUUUUUCAUUAUUAACAGUAGAAACACUCUUGAAAACUCGGCUGAUCAUCUCUGUAACAUCUGAAAAAUAGUCGUGGUGAGAGAGCAAAGCGUUUCAUUGUACGGGCCGUUUAAAUAAGGGCACAGGAUGUCCAGGACGGCCCCACUAAGGUCCUCGCUCACACCUGCCUGAUAAAAGACUCCCCAUCUAUUUCCGGCAGGUGUAUCAAGACAGAGCUUCUUGCUGAUGUAAGGGACUGUUGGUUCCGUAAAAUUAACUGCUUUGGACUUUCAUAAGGGUUAUUUUCAAAGGUUGUUGAGAUGAUUAGUCGGGAACUGAUAAAGCAGAAACUUGAUUAAUAAGAUUCAGAAGCUCAGAAGUUGCUGGACAUCAGUGGGUUUACAUUUUGCGGGGAGGAGUGGGGGAACCAGGAUUAUAUUUUCAUAUUUAUAUUUUACUAUUAUUAUUUAUCGUCUCUAGUUGAUCCUGGUCGCUUUCCUGUAAGUUAACCGCCGGCCUUCAUAUGGAAACAUUUACAUGCCGAUAAGUAAAACCACCAAAGAUCACAAGAGGCGGAAGGCUGCGUAGAAAAAAGGCACGCACUGGGUCCAUGACUGUAUCUCAAGUUUACAGCACUUCUUACUGCACUGAUAAUAAUGCUGUAGAAGCACACAUACCAGCAUCACUGACAGCACAGUAAAGUACAUAUUCUGAAACUUCUGAGCCGAACCCCAGCUCCUUUUAAAAGACUCUACCUAGUUGAAGAGAGUUUUUUAAGACUUUUUUUUAUAAUUAUAGUGAUAAAUCAACACGAGUUUUGAAUUAUUAACUGGAGAAACACUUGGGAACCCAGCUAAUCAUCUCUGUAGCCUCUGAAAGUUGUCUGGUGAGAGCAAAGCGGCGCCGCCCGAAGCUGCGACGGCAACACAAGACAGUGAAGACAGGCGCAGCGUAAACCAAAGAAAAAAAUAGAGAACAGUUCAUCAAUUCUGGAUAAUAAGACAACAAAGAAGGAGGGAGAAGACAGCAAGGAACGGGUGAGGGAGUGAGACGUGCCGUUUCAAAGACUACACUCCGACAACAACUCAACUCAACCUCUGUCAGGUACCAGUCAGACCGCCGGGUGUUGGCGGGCCGCCCACCUCACUUAUUUUUAGUUAUUGCUGUCCGGUGCUGUGUUCUGUUGCGGUUAUACAAACAAACUAACGACUGAUGCAAUGACAGAAAAGAAGGAAGUAGACAUCUACCGGGAUACUCCUGUCCGCCUCUUGGGUUAUGCCAAUGAGGUAGGGGAGUCUUUCCGAGCCCUUACACCGCUGUGGUUUGUAAGGUCCACAUAUGGAGUUGCUUCAGCUUAUGUUGUGGCUGACACCUAUGACAAGGCCACCAAGAUGAGCAAGCAACCUGGCUCCACACAGCGUGCAGUAACACAUGCAGCAGUGGACACCCUGUUGUGGCAGGCACUGGCUUCUGUGAUAGUGCCUGGCUUCACCAUCAACAGGGUGUGUGCUGCCUCACUGGUGGUGCUGGCAAAGACACUGCCCGCAGUUCCUCUCAACACUCGCAAGUGGGUCACCACGGCACUAGGUCUUGGAUGCAUUCCCUUCAUUGUCCACCCCAUAGACACAGGCGUACACUGGGCCAUGGACCGCUCAGUAAGAAAGUACCUGGACCUGUCAGAACAGCCCCAGCAAUAAAAUCAAACAUUUACAUGUACCCAGUUACCUCAAAGUGAGAACUCUCUUGUUAUGCAACAAAUGCAAAAAAGAGUGAUAUCACAUCCAUGUUAAACCAGUUAUUUAUUUGGCUGCCAAGAAGCUUCAAAAUUUAGGAGAAAUAUGUUUGUCCUUGAAUAUUUUCACAUACACCCCUCCCUGGAAAGCUCCUUAAUGACAUCAAGCUGUAAGCAGCUGCCUGUGACCUAAGAGCAGAGCUGAAAACCACAAACAUAUAAUAAAUCAUUUCUACAAAUUAAAAACUAAACUCAAAUAUUCUCUUCCACAACUGUAAACUUUUUGACAAUGCAUUUCUGCAAAUGCAAGCACAAAACUGUAUCACUUUCAAUACCACAGCAUCACUUAUUUUAUUCAGAAUGUUAGAGGAUUUUAUAAAGUUUUGGAUGAUAUUUUCAUAAUCAAGAUGUUAGAAAUCAUUACCAGUUACUUAUCCACUACAGUCAUAUAUUUGCUUAUUAUUUUUGUGGAUAACAUGAUUUUUUGAAACAUGAAAGUUGUCUGCAGUACUGAUUGGGAUACGUGUGUGGACACUUGUCUCUGCCACUUCUCCUUUGUGGGGAUAUAUGUCAGCCUUGUAUAUAGAGACAGAUAGAUAUUUUUAGUGAAAUAUAUUUUAGAUAUUAUUUUGAUAGUAUUCUAGGUUAUUUUAACAACAAAAACAAGAGCAAGUUUGGCCACACAUUGCAUUUGCAGAUGUGCUCUACAAGCACAAGACUAGAAAGUUUUAUACAUUUGUCAAAUGUAUAUCUUCAAAAUGAAAUUGCAAUUUUGCAAUUGUUAAAUUUUAUGUAUAGAAGUGAUUUUCAGGUUACCAGCUCUGCUUUUGAUAUGCACCCAGGUCUUGCAGGGGAGGAUGGCUGUGGAGGUGUACAAGGACAGAGGUCAGUCAGUACCAAGAACAAUGGUGCAUACAUGUUGUGUGUGCUACCAUGUCUCACUUGUUUGCACAUUACUCCUAGCCAGAAUUCAAGUCUUCCCUUCCAUGAGCACAUCAGUGGAAGGCUUACUUGUAUCUGAUUCAGUCAGCUUAUCUGGUCUGAUGCAGGAAGGGGGUUGGUCUACUAUGGUGCAGCAGGAGUAAACCAUUCUUGCUGUCAGGGCCUAAUGCACAGAGAUCUAGACUUGCACAAUUCUGCAUUUGUUAAAUCCAAAAAUUCAUGAAAUUAGGAUCUAAUCAAUUUAGGGUUUAGUGUACAUGUGAGGUAGAGAAGGUAGCUGAAGCAUGGUGAUGAGAAGGCUGCUGAAUUAAGGUGACAAGAAGGCUGCUGAAGCAAGACAUUAGAGGUUUCAGCCACAUUCCUAUGCUUGACUUUGGACAUAUUUGCUGCCAUUGGAACAGCUCGGAUAACUUAGAGGUAAAUCAUUCAAUUUUGUCAAUACUUUGCCAAAACCAAAACCUCAAGCACACACUCUUCUGACUUGCACACACACACACACACACACACACACACACACACACACGCCAUAAAUCAGUUGGUAUCACACUUGUUUUGAUGGCACAAUGAGGGUUCUCUCUCUAGGCAGAACUGGUUGUGAUUUUGACCUUGCAGCUUCAGACAGGUCGGAGUGGUCACAGUGGAUCCAUUUAAUAUUUUACUUGCUGUGACCAUUUCCUCUCCAGUGCCACUUGAAAAGUACAUGCAGAGGUGCCUUACUCCUGCCAACAUUCAUAGCUUGCUAUAUGGAUGAAAAUUACUAUUUUUUUGGAUAUUACCAUUUGUUGAUGCUAUAUAAUGCAGUACUUUUAUUAUGUAUGAAUGUUAUGCUUGAUAUGCCAGCAUAUAUUUUUAUCUAAUGAAACUCCAAGAAAUGUGCUCAACUUUUUCAGUGUUCUCUAUAAAUUUGCGACAUUUGGGUCACAAGUUUAGGUAGUGAUAAUUUUGCACAAUGCACAGCAUGGCUCUGCUGAACAUUAUGGACACAACACUCAGCUCUGCACAAUACACAGCCUGGCUCUACAAAACAUUAUUUAUGCAACACUCAGUUCUGCACAAUACACAGCAUGGCUGUGUAAAACAUCAUUGAUGCAACACUUAACACAAAUCAAAUACCUAUAUAACAUGGAAGAAUCCACUUAUCACACAAGAAAACUUAACCAGAGUGUUUACAAAUGAACAACAAGCGUAGUCCAGCCUGUCUCCAGGCUGUAAAUAACUAUAGUGCCAAUUAGUAUCCUGAAUUGUAGCAUAGGAUAAACCAAUACCAUUCCUAUUUAGUGCCACUUAUUUGUUGACACGGACUGUUUUGACAGUUGUAAAGUCACUCAAAUUUUUAGAAGUAUAUAUUAGUAUUGCAUGCAAUAAUUGUUCCUAAUUUCUUUUGACAGCUUUAUUUAGGUCUUAUGUGCCCAUGCAUUUACAUAAUCAGUCUUGUAGCAAAUGCAAGUUUUAUUUUAUGUACAGACUUGGUUAUCUACUGAUUGGGAAACUAAAUUCCUGUAAUUCGGUAUUUGCAAAUCUUUUGUGCACUGUUUAUCCCCCAACAUAUAUUGCUUAAUUUUUUGCCCAAAAAAGUCUUGUGAAUUUUGAUUGGCAUCUAACAUUAUAGCAAGUUAUCCACAUUUUGUACUGAAACAAGACUAUCAUUGUGAUUUGUCCCUAUAAAUACUCUACUUAAUUUGUUUAAGAUAAAAAUUUAUCAUAUGCAUUUUGAUGAUGCUCAAAUCAGGAUGCAUUUCCUUGGUUCUCUUUGUUCAAUUUUAGUUAAGAACAUUUCCAAGUUGUUCAUAUCAAUAUAUAACAUACAGCUUGAUCUCACCAGGAACAGAAUAUGAUAUUCCAGAAUGUGAUUUAUACACUUCUUGCAAGACAUUUGUGUCCAUGUAUAGUUGUUGGGUGUAAGUUGCUGUUAUUGAUUCUAGAAGUCAUAUCUUUGUUAAACAAAAACUAAACUCAGCAGUUUUUGAUUGCUUGAACUGAUGUGAAGGGGCUUUAGGGUGCAUGCUUGGUAAGUUGCAUCUGUUGAUGCAACUCAACAGUGAAUCACUAAGGAGAAAGCCACACUCAUCUUCCAAGUGCUCACAGUGCUUCCUCAUUGUUAUGAACUCCACAACUUGCCGCUCUCAGGGAGUUUAUAUUGUUUUGUGUCAUGAGGUUUUAUGAAGAUCUUCAAACUUUCAUCUGUAAGUUAUGACAUUUUAUUCUUUGAAAAUGUUGUUGACCAGAUUUGUUAAUUUUAAUAUUGUUAAACUGUUAUUGGAAGUAACUGCAAGUAUUACUGUUUAUCUGAGUUGUGUAUUCUGUGAUAUGUAUUGUUGAGUUGUUAAAGAGAUCCAAAGAAAA